AUGCGUACGGGUAAGAUCGGCCUACGGGCCUACCUUCACGCCAUCAACAAGGCCGAUACAGAUCAAUGUCCGUGUGGCUAUGGACCACAGACGGUACAACACAUCCUGCUCGACUGCCGGAACUGGGUGGAAGAACGACAACGAAUGUGGGCAGGCAAGUCUCCAUGCAUUGACAUCAAGCGCAUUCUCUGUAACCCGCCAAUGGCAGUACAAGCAGCCAAGAUGAUCUUGAGGACGGGACUGCUAGGACAAUUCCAGGCAGUCCCGUCCACGGUACUCAAAUACACAUAG